AUGAUAAAUUCAAAUAAUCAUAAAUCAAUAUCGUUCUUGUUGUUAAUUUUAACAACAACAACUUGUAUUGUUGCUCAGAAUCCAUCGGUGGUAUUAACGUUGAGGUUCUAUAAGGAUUAUAAUCCCGAUUUUAAUACCAUUAUAAAUGUAACUUCACUUGCCACGGGAAAGGUAAUUCGAUCGGGUUUAGUUAAUCAAGAAGCUAUUACUACUCUAAACUCUGUAGAUCCAGAUGCUGUAAAUAUCCUUGUUAACCAAGACAGUAAUUGGACCAUUGUUUCAUUCAAUUAUGUGACACUGGAAUCACAACAAAUCGGUGGUUUAGAUGUUGAAGAUAAAGAAUUUGGAUUAUGGGAGUCUGCUUUUGGAUAUGAACCGUCACUCCAAUUGGUAAUGAACGUAUACGUAGACACAAGUUCUAAUGAAACUUAUUUCGUUAAUUGGGAUUUCAAGAAUAGUAGUUUAAAUUUGAUACCAUUGGAUCUUGGAGUCAGUACAGACGCAAGUAUUGGUUGUUACGAUGGUAAGAGUAACUAUUACAUCUUGUUUAGAACGGAGCUCGGUAAUUCCUGGAGAAUAACUAGUUACGAUGUAUUUGGUGACGGUUUGUACGAGAUGCUAGAAUACCACAAUUUCGAUUCGGUUUUCGUGGGCGUUCCAUACACUGACAGUCAAGGACAACAACUCUACGCUGUAGAGAUCACCUCCUAUCCAAACAGGACCGUUUCGUAUGAGUUGUAUGCCAUCGACUUUGAUAGCAAUACCGCCAGCGUCACAAUGCUCCACCAAGUGUUUUCAACUCUAAUAUAUGACUACACAGACCCGGUAGUUUACAACUCACAAUCAAUUGUAUUCUAUUCAACAACAAUAUUACAACCAUUGUUGAUCUAUCUAAUUUACAAACGACCAUCUAUACAACCAACACAGAAUAUUAUUUAG